GGGCAAGUUUCGGUGCGCACAGGAGGCGGGCCGCGGUCACCGUGCGCGGGAGGGGUGGCCGCGGCUCCGGGCUCGCCGCCCCGCGCGCAUUUCGGCGAUGGCUUCUCAGCUCUGGAGGCGGCUGCGCCGCAGCCCUCGCGAUCUCCUGCCCCUUUUCUUCGCACUUUUACUGCCUCUUUGCGGCGCCUUCAACCUAGACGUGGACAGCCCUGUGGUGUACUCUGGCCCCGAGGGAAGUUACUUCGGCUUCGCGGUGGAUUUCUUCGUGCCCAGCGCGGCUUCUAGAAUGUUUCUUCUGGUGGGAGCUCCCAAAGCAAACACUACUCAGCCUGGAAUUGUGGAAGGAGGGCAGGUCCUUAAAUGUGACUGGUCGUCUAACCGCCGAUGCCAGCCAAUUGAAUUUGAUGCAACAGGCAACAGAGAUUAUGCCAAGGAUGAUCCAUUGGAGUUUAAGUCUCACCAGUGGUUUGGAGCAUCUGUGAGGUCAAAGCAGGAUAAAAUUUUGGCCUGUGCCCCACUAUACCACUGGAGAACUGAAAUGAAACAGGAGAGAGAGCCUGUUGGAACAUGCUUUCUUCAAGAUGGAACAAAGACUGUUGAGUAUGCUCCGUGUAGAUCAAAAAAUAUCGAUGCUGAUGGGCAGGGAUUUUGUCAAGGAGGAUUCAGCAUUGAUUUUACUAAAGCUGACAGAGUACUUCUGGGAGGUCCUGGUAGCUUUUAUUGGCAAGGUCAGCUCAUUUCAGAUCAACUGGCAGAAAUCGUAUCUAAAUAUGACCCCAAAAUUUAUAGCAUCAAGUAUAAUAACCAGUUAGCAACUCGAACUGCACAAGCUGUUUUUGAUGACAGUUAUUUGGGUUACUCCGUGGCUGUUGGAGAUUUCAAUGGUGACGGCAUAGACGAUUUUGUUUCAGGAGUUCCACGAGCAGCAAGGACUUUGGGAAUGGUUUGUAUCUAUGAUGGGAAAAACAUGUCUUCCUUACACAAUUUUACUGGUGAGCAGAUGGCUGCAUAUUUUGGAUUUUCUGUAGCUGCCACUGACAUUAAUGGGGAUGAUUAUGCAGAUGUGUUUAUUGGAGCACCUCUCUUCAUGGAUCGUGGCUCUGAUGGCAAACUCCAGGAAGUGGGUCAGGUCUCAGUAUCUCUGCAAAGAGCCUCAGGAGACUUCCAGACGACAAAGCUGAAUGGGUUUGAAGUCUUUGCAAGGUUCGGCAGUGCUAUAGCACCUUUGGGAGACCUGGACCAGGAUGGCUAUAAUGAUAUUGCAAUUGCUGCUCCAUAUGGGGGUGAAGAUAAAAAAGGAAUUGUUUAUAUCUUCAAUGGAAGAUCAACAGGCUUGAAUGCAGUGCCAUCUCAGAUCCUAGAAGGGCAGUGGGCUGCUCGGAGCAUGCCCCCAAGCUUUGGCUAUUCAAUGAAAGGAGCCACAGAUAUAGACAAAAAUGGAUAUCCAGAUUUAAUUGUAGGAGCUUUUGGUGUGGACCGAGCUGUCUUAUACAGAGCCCGACCAGUUAUCACCGUACAUGCUGGCCUUGAUGUGUACCCUAGCAUUUUAAAUCAGGAUAAUAAAACCUGCCCACUGCCUGGCACAGCUCUCAAAGUUUCCUGUUUUAAUGUCAGAUUCUGCUUAAAAGCUGAUGGCAAAGGAGCACUUCCAAGGACACUUAAUUUCCAGGUGGAGCUUCUUUUGGAUAAACUCAAGCAAAAGGGAGCAAUCCGACGAGCACUGUUUCUCCAUAACAGGUCUCCAGGUCACUCCAAGAACAUGACCAUUUCAAGGGGGGGUCAGAUGCAGUGUGAGGAGCUGAUAGCAUAUCUGCGGGAUGAAUCUGAAUUUAGAGACAAGCUCACUCCAAUUACUAUUUUUAUGGAGUAUCGGUUAGACUAUCGAACAGCUGCUGAUGCUACAGGCUUGCAACCUAUUCUUAACCAGUUCACUCCUGCCAAUAUUAGUCGACAGGCUCAUAUUCUACUUGACUGUGGUGAAGACAAUGUUUGUAAACCCAAGCUGAAAGUUUCUGUAGAUAGUGAUCAAAAGAAGAUCUAUAUUGGAGACGACAACCCUCUGACACUGAUUGUUAAGGCUCAGAAUCGAGGAGAAGGUGCCUAUGAAGCUGAGCUCAUUGUUUCCAUUCCACCGCAAGCUGAUUUCAUUGGGGUUGUCCGCAACAGUGAAGCCUUAGCAAGACUUUCCUGUGCAUUUAAAACAGAAAACCAAACCCGCCAGGUGGUAUGUGACCUUGGAAAUCCAAUGAAGGCUGGAACUCAACUUUUAGCUGGUCUCCGGUUCAGUGUACACCAGCAAUCAGAGAUGGAUACAUCUGUGAAAUUUGAUUUGCAAAUCCAAAGUUCCAAUCUUUUUGACAAAGUAAGCCCAAUGGUAUCUUACAAAGCUGAUCUUGCUGUUUCAGCUGCUGUUGAGAUAAGAGGAGUCUCAAGUCCUGAUCAUAUAUUUCUUCCGAUUCCAAACUGGGAGCAUGAGGAGAACCCUGAGACUGAAGAAGAUGUUGGGCCAGUUGUUCAGCACAUCUAUGAGCUGAGAAACAAUGGUCCAAGUUCAUUCAGCAAGGCAAUGCUAAAUCUUCAGUGGCCUUAUAAAUAUAACAAUAACACUUUGUUGUACAUCCUUCAAUAUGAUAUUGAUGGGCCAAUGAACUGCACUUCAGAUAUGGAGAUUAACCCUUUGAGAAUUAAGGUCUCAACUUCACAGACAACUGAGAAGAAUGACACAGUUGCUGGGCAGGGUGACUGGAACCAUCUCAUCACUAAGCGAGAUCUCACCCUCAGAGAAGGGGAUGUUCACACUUUGGGCUGUGGAAUCGCUGAAUGUUUGAAGAUCGUCUGCCAGGUUGGGCGACUAGACAGAGGAAAGAGUGCAAUCCUAUACGUUAAGUCUCUCCUAUGGACCGAGACCUUUAUGAAUAAGGAAAACCAGAAUCACUCAUAUUCUCUGAAGUCAUCUGCUUCAUUUAAUGUCAUAGAGUUUCCCUACAAGAACCUUCCAAUUGAGGAUAUCUUCAACUCCACAUUAGUUACCACUAAUGUCACCUGGGGCAUUCAGCCAGCACCCAUGCCUGUGCCAGUGUGGGUGAUCAUUUUAGCAGUUCUAGCGGGAUUGUUGUUACUGGCUGUUCUAGUGUUUGUAAUGUACAGGAUGGGCUUUUUUAAACGUGUUCGGCCACCUCAAGAAGAACAAGAAAGGGAACAACUUCAACCUCAAGAAAACAGCGAAGGAAACUCUGAAACUUAACUGUGAUUUUUAAUUUAUCCUACAUCCUGACCCAUUAGAAUGACUAACUUCAUUACAGAUUUAAAUUUCCUUUAUGAGGAAUAAAAUUCCAAGGCUGUCCUGCAGUUAAUGACCAUUGGUGUUAACAUAGAAUGAAAGCAAUAUUUGUCAACCUUUUCUUUAAAUAAGUUCAGACGUACAUUUAAUAUGCAUUGACUAGUGUUUUUACUUAUUUAAAUGAUAAAAUUUCAAGUGGUAGUUCUUACUCAAUGUAUAUAAGACAGGUAGUGCCUGAGUUACUACUUUAUAUAAAAUAGGACCUCUUAUAAUUACUGUAUCUUAUUUCGUAUGUUGGGUUUUGUUCAUUAUUAUUAUUAUCGAUGUUGUUUUAAAGCAAUCCAGAUUUGGACCUUAGCAUCCAUAUCUUUUGUGCAGGUACUUAACUUUAAUACACAUUGCACUACAUUUGACUCUUCAAAUUACUAAAAAGUUUAUAGCUGCAUGAACUUGGGUUUUAAUAUCAACUACAUGACAGAACUUUUUUUAAAAAUGCACAAUUCCAUCAAAAUUCUUUUUUUAUAAUAGCAAAGGUACAGUACUGUGUUUUGAUAUGGAAAUUAGACACAUGCUGUUAAAUUUUUAUUUAUAUUUAAUCUUUCAACCUAUUUUAUUGCAUUUUAACUUGUAAAGUUCAAGUUCUAGGUACUUAAAACUUAAUUGUAUUAUCAAAACACCUCCUUUCUGUAGCAGUUUAAUUUCAGCUAAACAUCAAGACACUUAAAGCCAUAUGGGGACGGAAUCACUUCCAAAGUACAUUGAUUCCAUUGUUUUGUUCUGGCUACUUACAAUAGAAGGAAGAAGGCAUUUUAAUUAAAAGACUAUAUUUGUACUUCUUGAUAUAGUUGCUUCUUAGUAAUAGUAUAGUAUUAUAGAUUACAGCAGAGUUUUUAGUUGCUAUUAAUUUAUUUUCUUCCUUUAUUUGUAUUUUCCCUUGUACUUCCAAAACCGUAAUUGAGCAAAGGUCAAUUUCAAUGAGGAAUUUACAGUUAUCCUUCUUCCACCCCUCCACCCUCCUACCUCAUGAGAAAUGCUUGGAAUCAAAACUCUUAAGAGCUCAUUGGUUUACUUCUAGCAAUAGCUAAUCACAUAGCUAUUACCUCAGUUUAAGCAAGGUAAUGUCCAAAACCACUCUUAGUUAUCAAAGUGAUUUUUAAAGGUAUUUUUGUAAGAAAUUUCUUAACAC